AUUACCUCUCGGUCAAUGAAGGAAGAAGCCUGCUAAGAUCUGGACUGUUGACCGAUACUUUGAGCGCUUGCUUUUCUAGUGUAUGGUGUGAAGCGCCGAUAGGGUGCCAUAUAAGACAAAGCGUUGGGAACGUGAGCUCAGACAAAGAGAGACACCCGAACCUCUGCUCUCUUUCCCUGUUUCGCGUUCUUCCGCGUCCAUUCUUUAAUUGAAUCCCUUCACGAUCAUCGACCAUGCGUGCCUCAUUCGCGCUUUUGCCAGCCCUUGCGGCCAUGACUAUGGCAAGUCGAUGCCGCCCACGGACAACAACGUCGUCUUUGGCAACGUCGACCUUGACGUCAGCGGUUGUUAGCAGCCCAACAAGCUCUGCCGACCCUACCUCCAGCGCUGUCAGCAUCAUCGAGAGCACGACAACCACUGCAUCAGAUGAGCCUACAACAACUGAGUCAUCGACCUUGGAGCCAUCGACCACGGAGCCUGCCACGAGCGAGCUGCCCACCACGAGCGAGCCGCCCACCACGAGCGAGCCACCUACCACCAGUGAGCUGCCUAUCCCGGCGCCUACCACCACCGAGGAGCCUACCACCACCGAGGAGCCUACCACCACAUCCGCCGAGAGCGCGACCUCGACCGCCCCCAGCGCUGCUCCAACAGUCACGGGCUUCUGCCUGAAAGCCAUCACGGCUAAUGUGCCCAACUACAAGUACCACAUUCGUGCGCUCGGUCCCGGCUCCAACAUGCUGACCGAGGCCCCAAACUUCCCCAAUCUCGCCUUCUUCGACCUCGACAUAUCUACUGGCAAAAUGACCAUUAGCAACGGUGAAUGGGCCGGCUAUGAGGUGUUCACUCCCCCACCAUUCGACGGUCAAAACACUCGCGUCAUCCGGUUCACGGACUCGCCAGCAGACAUAGAAUAUCCGUUCCGCUGCUCGAAUCCUGAUGGAGUGUAUUCGGCUGGGUCGGUGUUGAAAUGUGAGGUGACAGCUCCUUGGGGUGACGGCGUUAAUAUGAGGUAUGCUACGUUCAGUGGCAGUACUAACUCGCCUGCCGGCGCGUGGAAUAUUAUGCGCGAUGACUAUGUGAGGGCUGGGGCCUUCAACUACGAUUUGGGCAUGUUCUUUGGGGAUGUUUGCAGUGGUGAGAAUGACCAACAUCCAUGAUGGGACAGGAGAAGCGAAUAUUCAGAGACCGUCUUGUAAUAGAUGUUGGAGAUGUAAUUUGCAA